AUGGGUUGUUGUACAUCAGCUAAGGGCUUAGAUAAAGAGGAUAUUCAUUCUCCGAUUGUGCUCGAAGUCACAGGGAAAAGUUGUCGAUAUCACGGAACUACCGAACGCGGUCGGUUUCAGACAUUGGGCAAUUCACAUAUGAUUUUAACAGAAGAUGGGCUAUAUUCACAAGUGUCUGGUGUUAGCUGUUGUGGAGACCAAGGUUAUCUGUAUAUACCUCUCGGUUCGAUUUUGAGUGUUCGUGAACAAGAUUGGUUUAAUGGUCUUUAUCGACUCGAUCGUCCACAUCUGAUAGUUACUUAUCGAGUUCCUCGAAAGGGUGAAUUUCAAGCGGGCUGGCAAAUGGAUCAUCCCAGUUAUGAGCAAUGGCACAGAGCGAUCGAAAGACUUCUUGAACAAAAAUUUAUGAUCAAAUUACAAUAA